AUGGACCACGAAAACUCGGAAGACAGCGCAAAGCAGGAGCCAGGCUGCGAGUAUUUGAGUCAUUCAUACUCGACCAUUUUGGAGAGGUCAUACACCCAUUUCGCCGAAGGCAACUGGGCAAUGUCGAUUGCGCAGAAACCGCACGAAGAACAGUCCAUGAAGGGAGCGUGCAGCCGACGAAAGCAGCCGAGAGACGAAAAAGCAGGGACUGGACAACUCGUGAAGUCCCUCCCCAGCCCGCCCUCGACGCGAGGCGCAGGAAGCCCGCCUCUCUCCUCGCACUCGUAUCACGCCUCCUCCACCGCCACCACCACCAUCGCAGCGUCAAACGGACCCUCCGGUAGUGGCGGCGGCGCAGCAGACAACCUGCACAGUCCCAACGAGGCGGCGACGAAGCUCGCCGAGGCGAUCGACGACUUCCUGGGCGACCUGGAGAAGAAGUUCAAGGGCAUCAGCGACGAGAUCCUCACAAAGCUGGACGACAUGGCCGAACGGUGUGACCGGCUCGAGCAGGAGAUGCUGUUGAGGGACGCGAGCGCCAUGGAGAACGUGAGCGGUGGGAAGGCAGGGAGUACGGCCGGGUCGAGCUGA